AAUUUUGCAGAUCUUAAUUCUCGGCUUAAAAACGCGUUAUUUCUCAGUUGACAGUUAAAAUUUUGACCAAUUCUCAGCUAUUUACCGUCUCUUCGUAUCCGAAAAAGGGUUUGGUUUUACCCACAUAAUGGCUUCUACACAAACAUGUAAAAGACAUCGAUCUCUCAGUCUCUCUCAACGAGGCCGUUAGGAGACUCACAAAAUAGGUUUUCACAAUCAGCGCAAACGCCAAAAUGUACCGAUUUUUAAAUGAUUAAUUUGCGCUUAUAGGAAAAAAACAGGGCAAAUAAAAUAUACGUCCCAAAGUAUUUCAAAGGAUAUCUUGUUGUCGUAAUUCUGUCAUAAGCAUCAUUUUCUCGAAGCCAACCAUUGGAUGAAAACUAAAACUAGUCAUAAAAAAAAUGCUACGAGUUCUAUCUUGUUAUCUUAUAAAUUAUGCAUUAAUAUGAUUAUACUGAGUCAACGUUUCUCUGUGGACCAUUAUUCUUGUAACAAGAAUACAGUACAGAUCGACAGUAGAGGCUAUCAGUACUCCUUCGGCUCUGAUCGUGGAAAGGAAAUGAUGUUCCGUAUUCUGUUGGGUUUGUUCUUCUUCUCCUGUUUGACGGCAACAAGAGGAUUGAAUCAGCAGAGAUAUAAAGUGUUGGAGAUGGACUUAAAAGGUAAUCUUUACUUUCACAAGAACGCUCUGCUCUGCAAGUACGAGAUCAUCAAGCGACUGACCAGUGGAAAAUAUCAUCUGGAAGAACAAAGCCCUAUAGGAUUGAGCAAGUCGUCUCCAGUGUUGAACUGCAAGGACUUGAAACAGAAAGCGCCAUCACUCGUGUCAGGCGACUAUUGGAUAGAUCCUGAUGGUGGUUCCCAUGGUAACGCAUUUCAGGCCUACUGUGACCAACAGACGGACGGUGGAGGGUGGACACUAGUUUGGAGUUACACCUUCACAGCCUACUCAAGUUUCACGAGUGGAGCAAACGCUGUCACGCCGCGUCCAAGCUGGACAGCCAGUGGAGCUAACACUCGAGUGUCUACAACAGUUCCACUGAGUGAGACACAUUACGAGGCCAUGAACUUUGCUUUGUGGCGCRMCAUUGGKAAAGAAUUCCUGAUCAAGAGCAACAUCAACAACUGGAUCGCAUGCAAGGAAGGCACUGGCAGCUUGGUGCAAUGGAAGGCGGGAUCAAUCACUUGUAAGCAGGUUAAACAGGUCUCUAAGCGGUGUGCUGGUGUGGUGCCCAAAUCAUUGACGCUGUACUCUCGCGGACCAUAUCUCUCCAGCAGCAGCCUCUAUUAUUACUUUGAUGGUAGUACAAGUACUAAUAUGCCUACCCAUGAUCCAUGUGGAAAAAACCAAGCAAACCAGUUAAAAGGUGUGGUAAAUCCACACGGAAAUAUUUUUGUUCGUUAACAGCUAAGCUACAUGAAGGCUCAGUUUUCCAAUGUUUUUGUAAGGGUUGUAACUGUUUUAAUGGUGUUUUCUCAACAUUAUACUGCGACAAGGCAGCAAUAUUCACGGGUGAAAAUGGAUCCGGAUUUCGUUGGUUUUUUAGCCUUUUAAAGAAAGAUAAUCAUGUCGGGUUUAAUCAAGAUUAAACUUUUUUUUAUAUACAUAUUUUUAUUUGGUGUUUGCAAUAUUGUAGAGAAAACAGUGCUCAAAAGCAAAUAAAUAGGGGUUUUAUACUUUC